AUGAUAAGAAAAUCAUUUACAAUAAUAUCAGUUUGGCCGCGAGUAUCUGCGCGCAUUUACUAUUUAAUUAGACCUGGAAGCGGCACAAGUGAUUGCGAUUUGAGUACAGAUUACAUUAUCCGAAAAACAGAUAAACCUUCAUUUGAGCUUCAGUUCUCCGACGGGAGUUGCGGCCUAAAGAUGAACAAGAAGAAGUGUUUCACACCGGAUAAGUUAGUUUGCUACGUUAUGGGACUUCUUGUUGUUGUUGCCGCUACUGCUGCGGUCAUAAUGAUUGUAAGGACGUCAAUCUGUGAUUCUCAAGAGGUGGACUUUGCUGAAAAGAAGCCCAUAGCUACACCGUGGGGAUUCAAAUGCGUGGAAGAUAAAUGCGUUCGGACGCUAAUUACUGUGGAUAAUUGGCGGUAUCUCGACAGCUUAUCUGUGUGUCACCUCAAGUGCGAAAGGUACGGCACACUCCUGCCUCAGCCCACCAUCCAGACGCACAUCAGUGAUACCGUCGAGGCGAUCAGUGUGUGUGGAAUGGAGUUUAUAGGUGUUGAAGAUGAGGCCGUUCAGAAUCACCUCGAUGAAAGUAUCCAUCGAUUCUUUCAGCAUCUUGAGAAGAAGAAGACAGAAAAGCAUCCCCUGGCCAGAGGAUCAAAGGUCAGGGUUGAAUUUAAACUUGCUCAGAAUAAUCUAUCACUUACUUUGGACACCGAUGAGAGCUACAAAUUGCAAAUUAAUGGGGAUGUUGAGCAUGAAAUUAAAGUUCUUAUCGAAGGAGAAACCUACUUUGGUCUCCGGCACGGACUGGAGUCAUUGGCGCAACUUAUUGUGUACGAUAAUCUGCAGUAUCGAUACAAAAUACCAAAGAGAGUGGAGAUUGAAGAUAGGCCUGCCUAUCGACAUCGUGGAAUUCUCUUGGACACGGUUAGACAAUUUUAUACUGUUGACUCCAUUAAGAGGACACUCGAUACAAUGGCAAUUGUUAAGCUGAAUGUCUUUCACUGGCACAUUACUGAUGCCAACAGUUACCCCAUGAAGUUAAAGAACUUCCCCGAUAUGGCGAGGUUUGGUGCGUAUGGUCCUCAUAAAGUUUACACAGUCAAUGAUAUGAAGGAGGUAGUGAUAAUAAAUACAAAUGAGGAAGGAGACUAUCAGAGAAUAAUCUUUUUUUUUCAUUUCCAGGUUGUUCGCUAUGCUCGUGUACGAGGAAUUCGAGUUAUUCCGGAAUUUGAUGCUCCAGCUCAUGUGGCAGAAGGUUGGCAAUUAACAGACUUUGUUACAUGUUACAAUGCCCAGCCAUGGUCACAGUUUUGUGCAGGUCCACCAUGUGGACAGUUGGAUCCCACCCGGGCGGAUCUCUAUAAUGUUCUUGAAGAGAUCUACCGUGAGAUGAAUGAAGUUUUCGAUUAUCCAGAUAUGUUUCACAUGGGCGGAGAUGAGGUUUACCCAUCAUGUUGGAACACCAGCACACACAUUCAGCAGUGGAUGAUUGAAAGAGGCUGGCAAUUGCGCAGGGAGGAUUUUGUGGAGCUCUGGAAUCAUUUUCAAUCUCACGCCCAUGAACGUCUCAAAGCAGCCGCAUCACAAACACGUGCGAUUCUCUGGACGGGAACACUCACCGAGCCGAAUUUUGUAGAGCGUUUCUUACCACAGGAAGACUACAUUAUUCAGGUCUGGACAGAGGGAUCGGGUGCAGCGUCACAUGUGCCGCAUCUUCUGGCACGCGGGUAUGAUCUCAUCAUUUCAAACAGCGACGCCCUCUAUCUCGACUGUGGCUUUGGGCUAUAUGUCGAUGAGGGCGUGAACUGGUGUAGUCCCUAUAAGCCAUGGUCUAAGAUCUAUAACAAUAACAUCACAGCUAUGGGCGGAGAGCGUCGUGAGCAGAUCUUGGGCGCUGAAGCUUGCCUGUGGUCGUCCAUUUCCAGCGAAGACUCUCUUGAUUCGCGUUUAUGGCCCCGUGCUAGUGCCCUUGCAGAGCGUCUUUGGUCAGAUCCGGAGACAAACUUCCGGGGAGUAGAACGACGAAUUUUACUCCACAGACGGGAUCUUAUUAAUCUCGGUAUCGCAGCUGAGAGUAUUCAACCUGAUUGGUGCCUCCAGAAUCCCUUUUAUUGCGUACGAUGAGCUUGCUGGAGAUUUGGCCAAAUGAAAAAUAGGUCUUGAAGAUUUUCUUGGAUAAUGAAAUGAUAAAUAUUUUAAAUUGAUUGAGUAAUUUAGCAAAGAAAAAUGUUUUUUUUUUUUAAAAUAUUUUAUAAAAUCACACAGCUCUUAAAAAUGAAUAAACUCUAUUUAAAAUAA